GUUUUUGCGAGGGAAGUAAAUUAAACUGAUUUGGUAAAAUUCAUUAAUUGGGUCAAAUCACCGACGGCCGGCGCAACGCCUCUCCCAACUCCGACCGCCGCCUCCCUGUAAAUUGGUAGUGAAGGAAGAAGAGAUGAACCAACUGCAGCAAUCGGCUCUUCGCAACGCCGCGUCUCGCUUCCCCAUACCAGCAGGAGCGAAGUUUUCGUACGGCACAUCGGGAUUUAGGGCGGAUGCGUCGUUGCUUGAAUCAACGGUGUUUCGCGUGGGGAUAUUGGCGGCUCUGCGGUCCAUCCAGACGAGGUCAGUGAUCGGCCUGAUGAUCACCGCUUCACACAAUCAGAUUUCUGAUAACGGUGUUAAAUUAGCUGAUCCAUCUGGUGGAAUGCUUACUCAGAGCUGGGAGCCCUUCGCAGACACCCUUGCUAAUGCCUCAGAUCCCCAUUCCCUCCUCCAGUUGCUUGGUGAUUUCAUUAAGAAGGAAAACAUUAUACUUGAAGGAGCCCCUGCAGGGGAAGUUUUAUUGGGAAGAGAUACUCGGCCCAGCGGGGAGACUCUACUCGAGGCUGCUAAACUAGGCAUAACUUCAAUUAUGGGCACCACUGCCUCAGAUAUGGGAAUCCUGACAACUCCUCAACUGCACUGGAUGGUUCGUGCAAAAAAUAAGGGCAUUGAAGCAACUGAACUUAAUUAUUAUAACCAGAUGUUGACGUCCUUUAGGUGCUUGUUGGAUUAUAUUCCCCAAGGAGAUAGCAGAAAAAAUGUGAGCGAUAAACUGAUUGUGGAUGGCGCUGACGGUGUGGGAGGAGAAAAGCUUGAAAAUUUGAAGACAAGGUUAGGUUAUUUGACCAUUGAUGUUCGCAAUUGCGGUGAGGGUGUACUUAAUGAAGGUGUAGGUGCUGACUAUGUGCAGAAAGAGAAGAUGGUUCCUCGUAAUUUUGGCCCAGCUGAUGCUGGCAUGAGGUGUGCCAGUUUGGAUGGAGAUGCUGACCGGCUUGUAUAUUUCUAUGUAAUAUCGAAUAGUAAUAAGAUUGACCUUGUCGAUGGGGACAAGAUAUUGUCUCUAUUUGCUUUGUUCCUCAAGGAACAAUUACACCUUCUUAAUGGACCCGAAGAUGGAAAGACAAACAAUUCCUAUAAAGCUUCUCUAGGUGUGGUACAGACGGCUUAUGCUAAUGGUGCAUCCACUGAUUACCUGAAGCAGAUGGGGCUGGAAGUUGUUAUGACUCCAACAGGUGUCAAGCACCUGCACGAAAAAGCUGCCGAUUAUGAUAUUGGCAUUUAUUUCGAGGCCAAUGGGCAUGGAACUGUCUUGUUUUCAGAUGCCUUUCUGUCAUGGUUGGAGAUAAAAAACCAGGAACUUUCAUCAACAUCAAAAGAUUCGGAUCAACACAAGGCUGCUUUGAGGUUAUUGGCUGUAAGCAGAUUGAUUAAUCAAGCUGUUGGAGACGCAUUAAGCGGGUUGUUUUUAGUGGAAGCUAUCUUGAAACAUAUGGGAUGGUCUAUCCAUAAAUGGAAUGAACUCUAUCAAGAUUUACCUAGUAGACAGCUUAAGGUAAAGGUUGUUGACAGAACCGCGGUUAUUACUGCAAAUGCAGAGACUAAAGUUGUGAGCCCGACCGGUAUUCAAGAAGCUAUUGAUGCUGAAACUGAUAAAUACCCGAAAGGAAGAUGUUUCAUACGGCCAUCAGGAACUGAAGAUGUGGUAAGAGUGUAUGCUGAAGCAUCGAACCAAGAUGCAGCAGACGACUUAGCUAAAUCGGUAGUGAGGCUUGUGGAACAAUAUCUUGGAUUUGGCCGUAGCUAAUGAAUCCAUUAUCUGUUGAGGUACGUAGUUUCUGCAAUCACGAGCUGAUGGGAUGGGACGUCUACAACUACUGAGCUUGUAAAUCCCGUUCUACACUUGUGCAGAUUAAUUCCUAUUUCAUCAAACAAGUACUAUUUGACAGUCUUUAACUUGGUUGUUCCAAGAAUGAUUGAACCGUUGGUAUGGAAUAAAGGAUCUUGACCUCAAAUUGUAGAAUCUACGCUUUGAUCUAUUUUUAAGGAGUCUGUUCGAGUUAAAUACAUA